AUGUGGUGGGAUGCCGCCACGAUCGAGCGCACUGUCACGCGACAGUACGUAUGCUCCCACCUGCUGCCCGACGAGAUUGCCCGGCUGGACCGGCCGCUGGGCUUUGGCGACGGCCUCACGGACGGCACCUACUGGGAGUGGAUCGACGACAAGGCCAAGACGAUCUUCCUCAUCCUGGUUGACCUCGGCGUGCCCGACCAGAUCUUUGGCAUCAUCGACGACUCGUGGGACGACGAGGACCUGCCGGUCGACCGCGAGCAGGUCGAACGCCUGGCCCUGACGCCCACCAAGGACACCCGCUUCGAGCGCAAGUUUUUUGAGCGCCAGUUCUACUACAUGCUGACGCCGCUGGAACGUGGCGAGCACGUCUUCUACCACGAUGUCGCGGUCGUCCCGCUCGACGUCGUCGCCAGCAGCGGCGGCAGCAGCAGCGGAGCCGGCAGCGGAUGCAGUGGCAGCGGCGACAGUGGCGGCAAGGAUCGCGUGGUGCUGUUCAACUAUCCCGGUCAGGUGUUUGCACGGCGACGCAUCCCGCUGGCACCGUCGAGCGAGUCGCAGUUCGGAUCCGGCUUCCUCUCGUACGAGGACUUCCAGUACGAGGCCAACAGCAUCCGCAGUCUGCAGAACGACCACCUGGUCUCGUACUGGGGCUCGUAUGUGCACCAGGGCUAUGGCUACGUGCUCUUCACGCCGACCAGCGACGGCAGCCUCAAGUCGCUGCUGGCCACGACGCCGGCCUCCAUCAAGAAUCUGGCCAAGAAGGACCGUCGCCAGCUGAUGCUCAACUGGAUCCACUGUCUGGUCGAUACCUUGUGCUUCCUGCACAUGCGCGGGCUCUCGCACGGCAACAUCAAGCCGUCGUCCGUGCUGUUCAAUAGCGCGAACCACGUCUUCUUCUCCGACUUUACCCACUUUGGCGCCGAGAUGGGCGGUGCCACCGGUACCGGCACCGACAAGGCUUCGUUCGACAAGGAGUCGUACGACUAUGCCGCUCCCGAGCAGUGGUACCGUCCGUCGGGCAGCGGCGGCCACAGCAGCAGCAGCAACGGCAACGGCAGCAGCAGCAGCAGUGGGAGCAGCCGCAAGAGCCUGUUGACGGGCGAGACCAUCUUUGGCCGGGGCGGAGCCGCGCGAGGGAUGGCGAUCCACAGCAGCAAUGGUGGCAGCGGUGGCAGCAACACGGGAACGUCGUGGUCGUCGUCCGAAGGAGCUGCAGCAGCUGCAGCGGCCGCGUUUGGCCAUCGCGGCGGCCACUCGGCACCGGCCAAUCCGCAGCUGAACCCACAAGCGGCUGACAUCUUCUCGCUCGGCUGCAUCAUCCUAGAGCUGCUGGGGUUCAUGUUGAAGCGGCCGACACGGUCGUUUGCGGCGCAUCGGGCGGCCAAACACAAAAUGCCCGGCCGUGGUGGUGCCGUGCUGGACUCGUCCUUCCACAAGAAUCUGGGCCAGGUUGAGAGCUGGAUGGUGGCGCUGGCCCGCGAGGCCGCCGGCAAGAAGAAGGACGACCCGGCUCUCGCUGGCGUCGCGCCCAUGCUGCAGAUCGUCGAGCGCAUGCUGGCACCGUACCCGGCCGAUCGCCUCGCUGCCCUCGACGUCCAGACCCGCAUGUACCAGAUCUUGCGCGACAGCUGUGGCAUCGCUGAGCCGCACUGCGUCCACCAGUAUGGCACCGGCGACGUCUGGGAUCUCGGGGUCGGCCGCCUCGGCAGAGCAUCGCUGCGCAUCGCCACCACCAACUAUGCCUAUCCCCACUCGUCCUCGUCGGCUGAAGCCGAUGCGGCUGCUGCUGCUGCCAACGGCGGCGCUAUCUCUCCCCGGAGCACCGACACCGACAUCGCCGCCUUUGCCACCAAGCCCAUUCCGGCAGCUGUUGUGGUCGAGCAGUGA